AUGUUCGGGUUCCAAAACGACUUCAAUGUCUUGGGCCAGACUGUGGUAAUUACCGGUGGCUCCGAUGGCAUGGGCAAAGCUGUCGCACUCGAGCUAGCCGCGAAAGGUGCAAAUGUGGUUGUGGUUGCGCGCACUGUCUCCAAGCUGGUGACUGCCGUCGAUGAGAUGAAGGCCAAGGCACAAAAUACCUUUAAGCAGAAGUUCCUUUAUAUCAGUGCCGAUCUCACCGAUCCCGCCGAGUGCGAAAGAGUCAUCGCAGAAGUCACAACGUGGAAUUCUGGAGCUGCUCCUGACAUUGUUUGGUGCUGCGCGGGCUUCUCCAGCCCAGGAUACUUCAUUGAUGUGCCCAUCCAAGAUCACCGACAGCAAAUGGACACAAUCUAUUGGACUGCGGCCAACACAGCUCAUGCCACCCUGCGCAGCUGGCUGGAACCCGUUGCUCCGAGUGGACAGAUGAAAACUCCCCGGAGACAUCUCAUCUUCACCUGCUCUACCCUUGCAUUUGUUCCCAUCGCUGGCUAUUCGCCGUACUCGCCUGCCAAGGCCGCCAUUCGUUCUCUAUCCGAUACUCUGAGUCAGGAAAUCGAAAUGUACAAUGGAGCCUAUUCCCAACGGCACCGCAGUGAUGCCCCGGCUGCAGAUGUCAAGAUCCACACCAUUUUCCCUAUGGGCAUCCUCUCGCCCGGCUUUGACAACGAACAAAAGAUCAAGCCUGAAUUGACCAAAAGGCUCGAAGAAGCCGACAAGCCCCAGACGCCAGCGGAGGUCGCCGAAAUCUCUAUCCGUGCCCUAGAGCGUGGGGAGUACCUGAUCACUACCAAUCUUGUUGGUUCCAUUAUGAAAGGAACUGCCCUUGGGCCCAGCCCGAAAAAUAGCAUUGUCCGUGACACUAUGCUCAGCUGGCUCAGCAACCUGGUAUUCCUUCAGGUCAUUCCGGAUCUUCGCAACAAGGCGUUCGCUUGGGGAAAGCAGAACGGGAUUCCGGGCUGUGCUCCGGCUUCCACUGCUCCGGCUUCCACUGCCCCGGCUUCGUGA